GAAGCGGGCCGAAGCCCGGGGCGCCGGCGCGGGUGCCGCCGCACGUCCGCAGGCUCGGCGGGGAGGUGGCGGCCGCUGAGAGGCGGGCAGGCGAGCGGAGGGCGGGCCAGGGAGGAGGCGCCUGGAGGUGGGGCGCGGUGGGGCGGCCCGCGCGGGCUUCAUUUGGGGGGCGCGCGGCCUGCGCCCGAGAACCGCGCACUGGGAGGUGCGGGCGGCGAUGGGCCGCGGAUGGGGCUUCCUCGUCGGCCUCCUGGUUGGCGCCGUGUGGCUGCUGCGCUCGGGUCUCGGGGAGCAGCAGCCGCCGGAGACGGCGGCGCAGCGGUGCUUUUGCCAGGUUAGUGGUUACUUGGAUGAUUGUACCUGUGAUGUUGAAACCAUCGAUAGAUUUAAUAACUACAAACUUUUCCCAAGACUACAAAAACUUCUUGAAAGUGACUACUUCAGAUAUUAUAAGGUAAACCUAAAAAGGCCAUGUCCAUUCUGGAAUGAUAUCAAUCAGUGUGGAAGAAGAGACUGCGCUGUCAAACCUUGUCAAUCUGAUGAGGUUCCUGAUGGAAUUAAAUCUGCAAGCUAUAAGUAUUCUGAAGAAGCCAAUCUCCUUGAGGAGUGUGAACAAGCGGAGCGACUGGGAGCAGUAGAUGAGUCACUGAGUGAGGAAACACAGAAAGCUGUUCUUCAGUGGACCAAGCAUGAUGAUUCUUCAGACAACUUCUGUGAAGCUGAUGACAUACACUCCCCUGAUGCCGAAUAUGUAGAUUUGCUCCUUAAUCCUGAGCGUUACACAGGUUACAAGGGACCAGAUGCUUGGAAGAUAUGGAACGUCAUCUAUGAAGAAAACUGUUUUAAGCCACAGACAAUUAAAAGACCUUUAAGUCCAUUGGGUUCUGGUCAAGGAAAAAGUAAAGAGAACACUUUUUACAGUUGGCUAGAAGGCCUAUGUGUAGAAAAAAGAGCAUUCUACCGACUUAUAUCUGGUCUACAUGCAAGCAUUAAUGUGCAUUUAAGUGCAAGAUAUCUUUUACAAGAAACAUGGUUGGAAAAGAAAUGGGGACAUAACAUUACAGAAUUUCAGCAGAGGUUUGAUGGAAUUUUAACUGAAGGAGAAGGCCCAAGAAGGCUUAAGAACUUGUAUUUUCUCUACUUAAUAGAAUUAAGGGCUUUAUCUAAAGUGUUACCAUUUUUUGAGCGCCCAGAUUUUCAACUCUUCACGGGAAAUAAAAUUCAGGAUGCAGAAAACAAAAUGUUACUCCUGGAAAUACUUCAUGAAAUCAAGUCAUUUCCUUUACAUUUUGAUGAGAAUUCGUUUUUUGCUGGGGAUAAAAAAGAAGCACACAAACUAAAGGAAGACUUUCGGCUGCAUUUUAGAAAUAUUUCAAGAAUCAUGGAUUGUGUUGGUUGUUUUAAAUGUCGACUAUGGGGAAAGCUCCAGACUCAGGGUUUGGGCACUGCUCUGAAGAUCUUGUUUUCUGAGAAAUUGAUAGCGAAUAUGCCAGAAAGUGGACCCAGUUACGAAUUCCAUCUAACCAGACAAGAAAUAGUAUCAUUAUUUAAUGCAUUUGGAAGAAUUUCUACAAGUGUGAAAGAAUUAGAAAACUUCAGGAACUUGUUACAAAAUAUUCAUUAAGGAAAACCAGUUGAAAUAUGCCUGUGUUCCGGAGGCCAAAGAGUGGAAUUUCAAUCAAAGGCAUAAUAGCAAUGACAGUCUUAAGCCAAACAUUUUAUAUAAAGCUGCUUUUGUAAAAGGAGAAUUAUAUUGUUUUAGGUAAACAAUUUUUUAAUUGUGCUAAGUCUAUGUUUAAUAUUGUAAGUAAAAUACUUUGAUAAUGUGGUAUAAAUUUUAAAGUUAAAUAUUGAACAAAAGCAGGAUUAUCAGGUUCA